AUGGAGGAGUUAGACUGGUCUGCUCUCCCAAGGGAGCUUCUAAAUCUGAUAUCAAAAGGAAUUGACAACAAGAUCGAUCUCAUUCGCUUUCGAUCGGUAUGUUCCAAUUGGCGUCGCUCUUCCUCCGUCUCAAAUCACCAUCUCAAUUUAACUAUCAAGUUUCCACUCCUUGAUUUCUCAUAUAUACUCUCUAAUCCCAUCGACACCACCAAUACUUUAUUCUUUUCCCUGUCCAGACGUAGUAUCUUCCUCAUCAAACCACAGCAACACCAACACCAAUUAACCCUUGAUCGUCCUUGGUUGUUGCGAAUUACCCAAAACGAAAGUGGAAAAAUCAAACUCUUCCUCCCACUCAUGUCAUAUCACUCACCUUCAAUCUCUUUUUAUCUUCCUCAUCUACUUGAUUUCAACAAUCUAUCGGUCCGACAUUUAGGAACUGAUUUUUUCGUGGGCAGCGAGUUCUUUUUCCUCAAUAAAUCAUCAUUUUUCUCCAAUUACAUGUACCCUGAAAAGGUUAUUUCCGUUGGAGAAAAACCACUCGCUAUUGGCAUAUUAAAACCCUGUACCCCUCAGCCAGUUCUUUUUCGCUGCAGUGAUGAGUGUUGGAAGCAGAUCUCCGACAUCUCGACCACCUUUGGAGAUAUCUGUGUGUUUAGAGGGCAGAUUUACGUUGUUGAUAAACGUGGAAGGACAGUUAAGAUUCGACUGGAUUCCACGGUUGAUUUAGUGGCUCAACAUGUUGUAGGUGGUGGGGAUAGAAAGUUGCUGGUAGAGAGUGACGGUGAGUUGUUGUUAGUCGACAUUUACGAGUGUUUACGUUUUAGUAUUGAAGUGUUCAGGUUUCAUGAGAAAGAGAAGAAAUGGGUGAAGUUGAAAAAUUUAGGGGAUAGGGUUUUGUUCCUUGUGAAUGGAUGUUCAUUUUCUGCUUCUGCUUCAGAUUUGUGUGUUUCCAAAGGGAAUUGUGUCAUCUUUAUUGACGAUGCGUUCCUAUCUCUUCUAGGAACGUGCAAUGUGGGAAUCGUGUCUUUCAUUUGGAUCAAGGUCGGCUUUCGUCUAUGUCUCGUUAUCCUGAAUACUUCAACUUGUUCUGGCCACCUCCGGAUUGGAUCUUCAAAAGCUGAGUAUGCCAUCUUGCAUUGA